AUGAGGGCAUCCACCAUGCUGCGCUUCGGCGCCGCUGCCAGGCUCUCGGCACCCUCCACCCUUCGACGCAGCCUGGCCACCCACGCAGCCGUCAAUCCUGCCAGCGGUACCUACAACCUGGUCGAAAAGAUUGUUCAAAAGUACGCUGUCGACCUCACCCCGGGAUCGCACGUCAAGUCCGGCGACUACGUCUCCAUCCGCCCCGGCACCGUCAUGACCCACGACAACACGGGCCCCGUCAUCUCCAAGUUUGGCUCGAUCGGUGCUACUUCGAUCUACAACCCGGACCAGGUGGUGUUUGCGCUCGACCACGACGUGCAGAACAAGUCGGCCAAGAACUUGGAGAAGUAUAGCAAGAUUGAGAGUUUCGCACGCAAGCACGGCAUCGACUUCUACCCCGCCGGACGCGGCAUCGGGCACCAGGUGCUCGUCGAGGAAGGCUAUGCGUUCCCACAGACAUUGGCCGUAGCCAGUGACUCGCACUCCAACAUGUACGGUGGCGUGGGUUGCUUGGGUACGCCCAUCGUGAGGACGGACGCCGCUGCUAUCUGGGCGACGGGGCAGACGUGGUGGCAGAUCCCAGAGGUGGUCAAGGUCGAGCUCAAGGGCGAGCUACCCAAGGGUGUGACGGGCAAAGACGUUAUUGUGGCUCUGUGCGGCUACUUCAACAAGGAUCAGGUGCUCAACGCCGCGAUCGAAUUCCACGGUUCGGGUCUCACUUCGUUGUCGGUCGAAGAGCGUCUGGCCAUCGCCAACAUGACCACCGAAUGGGGUGCGCUUGCCGGUCUCUUCCCCACGGACGACGUGACGCUCUCGUGGUACGAAAAGCAAAUCCGCAAGCGCGACAAGCUCGAGUAUCAGAUUGGCACCUCUCCUUCUCCCUCCAACUCGCACCCUCGCCUCAACAUGCACCGUCUCGACGAGCUCUCCCGAUCCCUGCUCCGCCCGGACUCGGAUGCGCUCUAUUCGAAACACCUCACGCUCGACCUCGCCACGCUCGUACCCCACGUCAGUGGCCCCAACUCGGUCAAAGUGUCCACCCCGCUCGACGAGCUCGCGUCGCAAAACAUCACCAUCAACAAGGCCUACCUGGUCUCAUGUGUCAACUCGCGAGCUUCGGACCUGAAGGCUGCUGCGGAUGUGAUUCGCGGCAAGAAGGUGGCUAGUGGCGUCGAGUUCUACGUGGCUGCGGCGAGCAGUGUUGUUCAGCGCGAGGCGGAGGAGGCGGGUGAUUGGGGGGCAUUGAUGGCUGCCGGUGCCAAGCCACUGCCUGCUGGAUGUGGACCUUGUAUUGGACUGGGCGUGGGGUUGUUGGAGGAUGGCGAGGUGGGUAUUUCUGCCACCAACCGAAACUACAAGGGCAGGAUGGGCAGUCCCAAUGCACAGGCUUACCUGGCUUCUCCCGCGGUGGUUGCUGCGUCUGCCGUCGAGGGCAAGAUCUGCGGGCCGAGCGAUCUCGACCCAUCGCUGCUGCCCCCUUCGCGCGGGUUGAAGUACUCGAUCUCCACCGCUGCCGACGCUGCCUCGUCUUCGAGCGCCUCCACCGACGCUACCGCGGGUGGUGCUGGAGGAGUCGAGAUCCUCCCGUCCUUCCCGACGGCCUUCUCGGGCCCGCUGAUCUUCGCGCCGCAGGACAACUUGAACACGGACGGCAUCUACCCGGGCAAAUACACGUACCAGGAUGACAUUACCCCGACCAAGCAGGCCGAAGUGGUCAUGGAGAACUACGACCCGUCGUUCGCGUCCACGGUUGCAUCGCUCCGUGCGCGCUCGUCCUCCACCACCACGUCAGCAAAGCAAGGACCGGUGCUGAUCGGCGGGUACAACUUCGGCACGGGCUCGUCGCGCGAACAAGCCGCGACCGCACUCAAAUACGCCGGCAUCCCGCUCGUCCUCGCCGGGAGCUUCGGCGACAUCUUCAAGCGCAACGCCAUCAACAACGGCCUCAUCUGCCUCGAGUGCCACGAGCUCGUCCAGGACCUCACCCGCCUCUACCUCCCAGACUCCCACGGCGUACGCAACCACAAGGCCAUCCUGCUCGACCAGUCCACCGUCACCAUCGACUCGAGCACCGGCGCGAUCCAGCUCAGCUUCACCGCACCAGACGGCAAACAGAUCGCCAAGUCCUACACCGCCAAGCCCGCAGGCAUCGGCCGCAGCGUCCAGGAGAUCUACACCGCCGGCGGACUCGAAAAGUGGGUCAAGGAGCGCAUCUGA